AUGCCCACGGAAGCUAAUAAACCCUUAAAUACUGAAACCCAACCUGAACGUGUUACGCUGCCAGAGGAAGUUUUCCGUGGACGAAUGCCAUACUACGUCAAUGAAUAUGCUCACAAAAAGAUCUUCCUGACCUUUUUUAUAGGAACUCUAGUUGGUAUACUCUUUGCAAUCUUAUUAUCUGAACAGAUACUAAUAUGCUUCAUAUUUAGUUGUUUUGCAGUUUUAUCAUUCGUUGUAUCCAUAGUUUUUGCUGCAAUACCAACAAAUGAAUUUACUUCUCAUGCUAAAAUGAAAUUUCUAUCAGAAAUAAUAGAGAAUAAACCAAAUGCAAAUAUUCAAACGUGGACUGUUAUAACAAGUCAUAUAAAUGAGUAUUUAUAUGAUAACGGAUUAUGGAAAACGCCAUACCGAUUUUAUAACAACGAAGAUUGCUAUGCUUUUUUCAGAUCCUUCGUUAUUUUACCUUAUAUAAUGGGCAACCCAUACCAAGAUGACAAUAACAACAAUAAUGUCGAUUCAAACACUUUCGGCAUAGCCAAUCCUCCACCACAUUUAGAUAUAAGCCAACUAGUAGAUGAUUUUGAAGUUGAAGCUUACAAAAAAAGAGCAUUGAAUGUUUUUAAAGAUUCAGUCAAUGAAUAUUGGCAAUCUGAGUUUCCCGAAGUCAUCGAAAUGGUUUAA